AUGGCUAAUCCUUCUCCAGCAAAGAGCAUGGGCGACCCUGGAAUCACCCCACUGUCUCCCUCACACAUUCAGCAGAACGACACAGACCAGGUCCCAUCAGGUCCGUCCUUCAUGGUGGUGGUUGCCAUUGACUUUGGCACCACGUCCAGCGGUUAUGCUUACGCCUUCACCAAGGAGCCAGAGUGCAUUCAUACCAUGAGGCGUUGGGAAGGUGGGGACCCCGGUGUGUCCAAUCAGAAGACUCCUACCACAAUCCUGUUGACUCCAGACAGGAAGUUCCACAGUUUUGGCUACGCGGCUCGUGACUUCUAUCACGAUCUGGACCCCAGCGAGUCUAAACAGUGGCUGUACCUGGAGAAAUUCAAAAUGAAGCUCCACACCACUGCAAAUCUGUCCAUUGACACAGACCUCCAGGCAGCCAAUGGGAAGCGAGUGAAAGCUCUGGACAUUUUUGCUUAUGCGCUGGCCUUCUUUAAGGAGCAGGCACUAAAGGAGCUGAGUGAUCAGACAGGUGGAGACUUUGACAACAAUGAUGUGAGAUGGGUCAUCACUGUUCCUGCCAUCUGGAAAAUGCCUGCAAAACAGUUCAUGAGGGAAGCUGCCUAUAAGUCUGGUCUGGUAUCCCGUGACAACCCAGAGCAGCUCAUCAUUGCCUUAGAACCUGAGGCAGCAUCAAUCUACUGCCGCAAGCUCCGCCUCCACCAGAUGGUGGACCUGGGCAGCCAGACCACCCAGAAUGGCUUCAGCCCCACAGAGAACGUAGGGGGCGGGAUGACCCAAGUGUCUCCAGCUAAGGAGCAUGUUCGGCGAAACCGGCAGAGUCGCACCUUUUUGGUGGAAAAUGUCAUAGGGGAGCUUUGGUCGGAGCUGGAAGAAGGUGACCGUUAUGUGGUGGUAGACUGUGGUGGAGGAACAGUGGACCUGACUGUCCAUCAGAUCCGUCUUCCAGAGGGACAUCUAAAGGAGCUCUACAAGGCAUCAGGCGGUCCCUACGGCUCUAUCGGGAUCGACUAUGAAUUUGAGAAGCUGCUGUGUCAGAUCUUUGGUCAGGAUUUCAUCGACCAGUUCAAGAUCAAGAGGCCGGCUGCUUGGGUGGACCUCAUGAUUGCGUUUGAGUCUCGGAAGAGGGCAGCAGCCCCUGACAGGACCAACCCCCUCAAUAUUAACCUGCCCUUCUCCUUCAUUGACUACUACAAGAAGUUCAGGGGCCACAGUGUGGAACACGCCCUGCGCAAAAGCAAUGUGGACUUUGUUAAAUGGUCAUCUCAGGGGAUGCUUAGGAUGAAUCCAGAUGCUAUGAAUUCCCUCUUCAAGCCCACCAUAGACCACAUCAUUCAACACCUCAAUGAGCUCUUCGAUAAGCCAGAGGUGAGCGACAUUAAGUUCCUCUUCUUAGUGGGAGGUUUUGCUGAGUCGCCUCUGCUACAGCAUGCUGUCCAGAACAUGCUCCAGGGCCGCAGCCGCAUCAUUAUCCCCCAUGACGUAGGCCUCACCAUCCUGAAAGGUGCUGUGCUGUUCGGCCUGGACCCCAGUAUCAUUAAAGUCCGCCGCUCUCCCCUAACAUAUGGUGUAGGCGUCCUCAAUCGUUUCGUGGAGGGCAAGCACCCACCAGAGAAGCUGCUAGUGAAGGAUGGCACGCGCUGGUGCACCGACGUCUUUGACACCUUUAUCUCUGCCGACCAGUCUGUAGCGCUGGGUGAGAUGGUGAAGCGGAGCUACACACCGGCCAAACCCUCCCAGCAGGUUAUCGUCAUCCAUGUCUACUGCUCUGAGAAGGAGAGUGUGGGCUUCAUCAGCGAGCACGGCGUCAAGAAGUGUGGGUCACUUCGCUUGGAUGUGAGUGGAACGGAAAGCACAGCGCCACGCCGUGAGAUCCAGACGCUCAUGCAGUUUGGUGAUACGGAGAUUCGUGCCAUGGCAGUGGAUGUGUCUACCGGACGCACAGUCAAAGCUAGUAUUGACUUCCUAAGCCAUUAA